UGUGUUCGUAUUGUUGCUAAAAAUAGACAUUUGGAAACCCAGUAGAAAUUUAAACUCAAAAAAAGUUAUAAUUCAAUAAAAAAGCGCUAUUUUGAUUUGGCAAUUUUUAACAUUGUCUUAAGAAAAAUAUAUGUACGAGUGCCAAACAAUAUCAAGAAUGAGUUAGACGUCGUUAACAAUAUUUGAUAAGUACAUUGUAGAAGGUUUUGUGAUACUUACACUUUCGUUUUCGAUUUCAUGAAACUUCGUUUACAUCUGUGAAUACCAUCCUAAAGCGUGAAAGCACAUGCUUAUUGGCGACAAUGCAACAUACUUGUCCAGUAUAGAAUAUUUACUCAAUGUGUUGUCAAAGACAAUGAACAUAAGUUUUAGAAUUGUCAAAAGAGUGAAAUUAUGCUAUAAUGAACGAUAGUGUUAGGGGCCCUACAUCAAAUACUAUACCAUGCAAUACAAUUAACUAUAUCAAAAGAAAUGCCAUCGUAUUGUGGAAAUGGUAAACAAUACAAUAUUAUUUACAAUAAUGAUUUAGAUAGUGACUCUGAUCACACUGAUAGUUCGAUACCAGAGCACGAACAUGAUCUCUCUGUGAUAGGUGGUGUAUCUAGUAAUGAACAAAAUGCAUUUACAUGUGACGCUUUGACAACUCAAGGAACGCACAGCAAUGAACGAAAUGUUUCUCCACAUAUUCCCACAUCGACUGAAGACAUAUCUAGAAGUGAACAACGAAAUCGUUCAUCAUUUGGUACAACUUCAACUGAAGUAAGCAAAGAACGAAAUCCCGUUUCUUUUCAAUCCAGUACAAGCGAUAGUACAAGGGACACAAGAAACUCAAUAAAGACCCAUUCAUUAAAAGAUACAACCAGCAAUUACGGAAACAUACAAACUUUAGACUCGGUAAAUGGCGAUUCUUUUGUUUACGACAGUGAUACAAUAAGUCGAGACCUUUCAAUCUUCGAUAAUAAUUCAUUAUUUUCUCCGCAAAGUAUGCGUGUAGUUGUCCAAGUCGGAAGAGGCAGUGUCGGAAAUAUCACUACCGGUGGCAUGCAGUUCCCAUAUGGGAACGGACUUGGAAUCAACAGCAUGCCUUUUUUGCCGAGCUUCCUCCUUCGAGGUGGCAGCAUGGGUUCAGGUGAUCCAUAUGAUCCAGUUGAAGGACUGUCUAGAUUGCAGCAGCACGGUUCUGAUACACUGUCUAGACUUCUGGAAAUGAAUAGCAACUUAGAAGGGUUGUUGGGAAUGCGCCAAAACAAUAAUUUUGACGCUAGGGAUUUUCUCGAAAUGCUAUCUGAUCAAGAACCCGACGCAAGUAGUCACAUAAAUCUUGAACGGUUGCCAACAAAGAAAUAUGUGAAAAGAAAUGCCGUGGAAGAUGAACGGUGUGACAUAUGCUCAGAGACGUACAAUGCUGGCGAUGAACAGAGGACCCUUACGUGUUUCCAUGACUACCAUGUAACGUGCAUUGACAUGUGGCUACAGAAAAAUAAUACAUGCCCGGUUUGUAGAAUGGAAGUACAUACAGAAGGCGAUUAGCUGCAAACACAAUUCAAACGAAUGGAAUCGACAAGUUUGCUACUUUCAAAUCAAGGAUUGCGUCGACCAAUAAUUCGCUAAUUUAUUACAGCGUAACAUUCUUCUCUACUAUUACAUAAUAUAUUCAAUGCACUUGAAAUCCGUGUACGCAAAACCAUUGACAAAUAUGACAUGUGAAGCAAUACUCGUGUCUGCAAUGUGGCUAGGGACUUAAGAGUAUUUAUUUGAAUUAUUAUAUAGCAGUAUUCGGUAUAUUUGGCCACUGUUACAGUUAACGAACAUCCAUACAAGAUACUCCAGAAGUAACAAAUUUGUUCAACUGGAAAAUCCAAAAUCAUGAAUUCCAUAUAAAGGUUCGAAAAUUGUGAAGUACAUUAUUUCCAUAAUUCAAGCAGAAUAAAGAACUUUGACAUAAAUUCUCACACGCGAAUGAUUCUGUCCUGAUAAUGUCAAAGGACUUGCGUUAUUUGUGGACAUAAACAUCACAUACGAAGUAUUGGAGUUUUGAUAUACAUGCGGUUGAAAUACAAUAACAUAACUA